AUGCGUUUCUCGACUCUAGUCAGUCUCGCUGCCUGUGCAGCCGCUGCUCUCGCCUGCGACUCCUGCAGCGAGCCAGGCAAGCCGGCAGAGCACAAGAGACUGGUGCGCCGUAUGCAGCCUGAAGCUCAGGGAGCGCUCACGAAGCCUAAGGGACCGCUCGAAUGGGGUCAGAUCAACUUCCUGCACACCACCGAUACCCACGGAUGGCUCGAGGGACAUCUGAAGGAGCAGAACUACGGCGCUGACUGGGGAGACUACGCCUCCUUCGUCAAGCAUAUGAGGAGAAAGGCUGACCAGCUCAGAGUCGACCUGCUUCUCAUUGACUGCGGUGACCUGCAUGAUGGCAACGGAUUGAGCGACUCUACACAGCCCAAUGGCCUCGUCUCCGACGAAAUCUUCUCUCGCGUCGACUAUGACCUUCUAAGCAUCGGAAACCACGAGCUGUAUGUGACCGAAGUUGCCUAUCAUACGUUUGCAAACUUCUCCAAGGCCUAUGGCGAGAGAUACGUGACAAGCAACGUCCAGAUUAUCAACCAGGAGACUGGCAAGUACGAGUACAUCGGCAACAAGUACCGCUACUUUACUACCAAGCAUGGCCUGAAAGUUAUGGCCUUUGGUGUCCUCUUCGACUUCACCGGCAACUCCAACGUCUCCAAGGUUAUCAAGGCUGAAGACCUUGUCCAGGAGUCCUGGUUCGUCGAUGCCGUCAAGACACCCAAGCCGGUCGACCUUUUCAUCAUUUUUGGCCAUACACCUGCUCGUACCGAUGAUAAGUUCCCAACUCUGCGUACCCUGCGCCGGAAAAUCCAAGAGCUUCGCCCGGGUGUCCCAAUCCAGGCCUUUGGCGGUCACAACCACGUUCGAGACUUCGUUGUCUACGAUGAGACUUCGACCGCUCUCGGAUCCGGAAGGUACUGUGAGUCCCUCGGAUGGUUGUCCAUGACCGGAAUCAAGUCUCGUACGUUUAGAGGUAGCAAGAAACCAAGAGGCGUUCCCAACCCGACUCGUCGUGCCAUCAAGGGCAAUGCCACCACAUCUACCCAAUCGAACCACCACCCAAACAAGGGGCUGGACCUCCGCUAUGCUCGCCGUUACUUGGACUGGAACCGUCUGACCUUCGCCUACCAUGCUUCUAAGUCUCAGGAUAGACACUUUGACACUCACAAGGGCCUGGAUAUCACUCAUGAUAUCACGGGUGCUCGUAAGCAGCUCAACACCUCCACCGUCCUCGGAUGCGUCCCUGAGACCUACUGCAUGUCCUGUGUUCCCUUCGAAGCCAAAAAUAACAUCUACCAGCUCGUUAUUGACAUGUUGUCCAAGGUAGUCGUCAAAGAAGACCGUGCUGAUAAGCCUAGACUACUCCUCCUGAACACUGGUGGCAUCCGUUUCGACCUCGUCAAGGGUCCCUUCACCAAGGACGACGAGUACAUUGUCUAUCCCUUCAAGAAUCAGUUCCAGUACCUCCCUGACGUACCCUACUCCAUUGCCAGGGAGCUCUUGGACGCUCUCAACAAGGGGCCCUACCAGAAACGCACUGAUGAAUACUCCCCCAUGACUGCCCCCCAACCUAGCGCUGAUGAGGCUUGCCCCGACCCUUCGCCAGAAUACGUCCAGCUUAAGCGCCGCGAAGCCCCUCAACCAUACAAGGCCUUCACCCGCCGCACCAUCGAUUCCUCCAUGCUGUAUCCCGGCUACGUUACCUCUGACGACUUUGGCCUUGACGGAGACGAUACCCCUCACUCCAAGAUCCCAUACUUCAAGGUGCCAAUCGACAUUCAGGCCAACGCCUCUUUCCCUACUAAUGGCUCUAUUCCCCAAGUCGUCGAUCUUGCCUUUGUAGACUACAUCGGUGCUAAAUUUGUCAUCCCAGCCCUUAACAAGCUUGGUGGCAAGUACUCUGCCAACGACAUUCAGAGCUACAAGGACUUCGGAUCGUCGAGCUUCUUGCGCGAGUAUGCUCUCAAGUACUGGAAGGAGGGCCUGCCCAACUGCGCGACCAACUAA